CCACCCUUGGAAGCAGUUUACCUGGCCAUUCCUUUCGUCCCUGUUCACUCGCGCUUCUUUACUGCCCGAGCACCAGCGACAUUCGACGCCUCGUGAUUUGAAACCUCUGGCCCUGUUUUUCACCAUCUGAACGACGCUGAACCCCAGAUCCAAUGGCAAGCAGUACGACUUCUGAGUACCCUGUGUUGAAGGAGGUAAUUGCCAUUGUCGAAGCGUUCGACAAGCAACCGAAUCCCGAGAACUGGGACUAUGAGCGAUGCCCCGCAGACAAGACGACAUCCGUUGGUCGUUGCAGCAUGCCAAUCAAGUCAGCUAACCAAAAGAGGGCCAACGAGCUCCUCGUUCACUUCAAGCUGUUGAAGGAAUGUCCUGCGACCGAGGAGUUUGUCAGCCAGCUCAAAGACUUUCUCCUAGUCUCUCACUGCCACAUCCAUGAACGCCGCGUAACAAGCAGUUUCGAAAGAUGGAGGCACCUACACGCUACAUCAUCUAUCUCCAUGACUGCCCAAAGUCCAUCCAAGAUCGAGAACAACUCCGACGAUAGCUCCCUAUCUGUCGAUGCAACAUCCAUGAGCCAAGCGACGUCUUCCACCAUCAGUGACCCGGCAUCGUCCGAAUCAACGAGCCCUGUUGAAGAUAAAAACUUCGUCCAGGUUGAGGUAGUCACGGACGGCAUCUCAACUUUGGCUAUCGCCUCUGCCGGCAUCAAUCCCAGCGAUGCUCACGAUGGAAAGCGUGAGCAGGUCCUAGACACUGGCCUGGCCACAGAGGGCAUCUCGACUUUGGCUAUUGCCUCUGCCAGUAUCAUUCCCGAUGACGCCAACGAUGAAAGACCUCAGCAAAUGACCGGUCUUGGCCUGGUCACUCCCCGCCGAAAGAAAUCAAUCCAAGAUGACUGUCGAGUCCUCAAUGAGAUCUACAAAGACCUGACUGCAAAGCAGAAAGAACUUGGAGUCGUCUAUGUACUCAACCAUGUCAAACAUGACGGCCUAUACAAGAUUGGAUGGACGGAAAAGACAGUGAAGGAGAGACUGAAACAGUCAGGGAACUGCUGCAAGUUCAACACAACAACCGUCUACGAAUCUCCCGGAGAGCGAUUCCUUGGGGCGGCCAAGGUUGAGAAGCUCGUCCACGAAAUGCUUCGCUUCCACAACGUCAAAGUAUCCGAGUGUGCCUACUGUGCAAAGGGCCACAGAGAGUGGUUCAAGGCGCCAAAGGAAAUGAUUUUGAACCAUAUCAAGGUCAUGGAGUGUUUUGUUAAGUUACCCGCGUACACGUCCGAAAACGGCGAACGCUGGAAGCUUUCGGGUCCUGCCUACGACAUUGUCAGACGGAUAACCAACAUCACGCCGGCGAUGAUUCAGAUGGCGAUGGCAGGUAUAGAGGAUUUGGUCCAGACAAAGUCGGAAACGGUUACGGAAGUCACAAAGAUCUCUGUCUCGCCCGACCCCCAAGACCUUGAGGAUACGGAGGGCCAGAGACCCUCAGACGAGGUGGACUUCGAUGAUCGUGAAGAGAUCGUAGGAGAACCCAAAGAGUCUGCUGGUGCAAAAGCUGGUAGGUUUGUAGAACGGGCCAUGCAAGGAGUUGAAGAGGCCAAAGACAAAGUUCACCGCUUGCGAGCAAGCCGCAAAAGCGGCGAAGUGCGCAACAUCGAAGAAGUCGUCGACGAUAUUUUUCACAUCAUGUAUCCCCAGGAGACCCAGACUGGGUGAGUCAAUGCCUGUGACAGGAUACGGGUUGGAUUUUCUCAAUUGGAGAAGAGAUUGAAGCGCGAGAUCAAAGAUUUCAGGGAAGAAUCGAAACGCUAAAGGACGACAAAGAAGUUACGGAUUUCACCUUGCUAUGUCUAAUGUUUUUUUUUUUUG